UAUUGUGACAGUUACCGGCAGUUCCGAUGCAGAAAUGGUGAAUGUAUUGUUCGAUCCUUUGUUUGUGAUAGUAGACAUCAUUGUUAUGAUGGUAGUGACGAAGAUAACUGUACUUCGACAGGUUAGUUUUUAAUCCUUCCUGGAGUUUAUUAUCCUGAUUUAUUUCACUUUGCGCGAAAGAAACAUGGAUUUUCAAGCCCGAGCAAUUUGUUCAAAAUGUAUAAUGCAUUAAAAUUUGUCAUUUUAGACGUACGAGUUGUUGGUGGUUCUCACAAUGAAGGACGGGUAGAAGUUUACUAUAAGGGUCAAUGGGGGAACAGUUUGUGAUGACAACUCGGGCAUAAACAUUGCUCGUGUUGUCUGCAGACAGCUGGGUUUUCAAGAUGCAGAGGCAGCUUACCAAGGUCGUAAUGUUCCCGAUGAAACUGGACAAAUAUGGCUUGACGAUGUUUAUUGUAGAGGUUAUGAGUCAGCGCUAUUUUCAUGCAGACAUUCGGGAUGGGGAACUCACAACUGUGGUCACAAUGAAGACGCUGGUGUUCGCCAUAACGGCACUGGAUGUGAGAAUAAAUUUGAAAAAUGACAUUAACAUAUUCACUACCAUCACAAUUGUGGUCCUUUUCCAGGACGGAACAUGACAACGCCACGGCCAGCAUUGCAACCAACGACUGCAUCAAGGCAUUGCCAGUCUUGGCAAUUUCGCUGUAGAAAUGGUCAAUGUAUUCAUCGAUCUUGGACGUGCGACGGUGUUUCCAACUGUGCUGAUAGAAGUGAUGAAGACUGGGUUGUCUGUGGUAAUUCAAUUGAUUUGUUUUUAGUCUCUCAGAGCAUUGUAUUGUAAGUAUUGUAAUUUGUUUUUGGGAUGGUCGAAUAUUCACUCCUAUGACAAUCGUUGUUCUUUUUUAGGACGGAACACGACGACGCCAUCGCCGACAUGGCAACCGACGAAUGCAUCAAGGCAUUGUGAGUCCUGGCAGUUCCGCUGUACAAAUGGUCAAUGUAUUGAUCGAUCUUGGGAGUGCGACGGUGCUUAUAACUGUGCUGAUAGAAGUGAUGAAUCUUUGUGUAAUUCUGCAGGUUAGCAUGUCGGUACCAUUUUACUAGUUUAUUGUUGUGAUCUAAAAACAAGCAAAAUUAAUUCAUUCACUCAUCUGCCUAGAUGUCUAUGGUUCACACCUGUUUUAAUGUCGGUUUCAUUCAGUUUAUUUUACUAAUUGUUUAACACUCAGUCCCAGACCAAAGUCCUGCAUAUUCAUAACGCAACUAGGUGUGAUAAUGAAUUAUUUCCUUUAUAAUUCUGCUAUACAUACACUUGUGCUUACGUACUGUACAGUUUGUUCAAUAAAUAUUCAGUUUUAGAAGUACGACUUGUUGGUGGUUCUCACAAUGAAGGACGGGUAGAAGUUUACUACAAGGGUCAAUGGGGAACAGUUUGUGAUGACAACUGGGACAUCAGAGAUGCUCGUGUUGUCUGCAGACAGCUUGGUUUUCAAGAUGCAGAGGCCGCUUACCAAGGUCGUAAUGUUCCCGAUGGAACUGGACGAAUAUGGCUUGACGAUGUUUAUUGUAGAGGUCAUGAGUCAGCGCUAUUUUCAUGCAGACAUUCUGGCUGGGAAACUCACAACUGUGGUCACAGUGAAGAUGCUGGUGUUCGCUGUAACGUCACUGGAGGUGAGAAUAAAUUUGAAAAAUGACAUUAACAUAUUCACUACUACGACAAUUGUGGUUCUUGUUUUAGGACGGAACAUGACAACGCCAGGGCCGACAUCACAACCAACGACUACAUCAAGGUAUUGCGAGUAUUGGGAAUUCCGCUGUUGAAAUGGUCAAUGUAUUGAUCGAUCAAGGUUGUGCGACGGUGGUUGUGACUGCACUGAUGGAAGUGAUGAAGACUGGGUUGUCUGUGGUAAUUCAUCAGUUUCGUUGUUAGUCCCUCGGGGUUUUGUAUUUCCAAUUUGUCUCAUGGAAGAAUAUGUUCACUACUAAUAAGAAUCGUGGUUCUUCCUUAGGACGGAACAUGACAACGCCAUGGCCGACAUCGCAACCAACGAAUGCAUCAAGGCAUUGUGAGUCCUGGCAAUUCCGCUGUACAAAUGGUCAAUGUAUUGAUGGAUCUUGGUUGUGCAACGGUGGUUAUGACUGUGGUGAUGGAAGUGAUGAAUCUUACUGUAAUUCUACAGGUUAGAAAGUCGGUACUAGCUUAUUGUUGUGAUUUGUGUCACUUUUGCCUGUGCAAACUAAAUAAAUCUAAUUUAGAAAUAAAAAUAAGAUUUAGAAUUAAAAAUAAAUCUAAUAAAAUCAAUUAAUUCACUCAUCUGCCUAGAUGUCUAUGGUUUACACCCAUUUCUAAUGUCGGUUUUUUCAGUUUAUUUUACUAACUUUUUUAACACUCAGUCUCAGAGUACAGUCCUGUAUAUUAAUAACGCAACUACGUGUAACUAGAAAAUAUGUCCUUAAUAAAUUAGUGUUCAAUUUUAGACGUACGACUUGUGGGUGGUUCUCACAAUGCAGGACGGGUAGAGGUUUAUUAUAACGGUACAUGGGGAACAGUCUGUGAUGACAAUUGGGACAUAAACGAUGCUCGUGUUGUCUGCAGACAACUUGGUUUUCAAGAUGCCUUGGCCGCUUACCAAGGUCAUGAUAAUGUUCUCGAUGGAAGUGGACGGAUUUGGCUUGACGAUGUUCAAUGUGGAGGUCAUGAGUCAGCGCUAUUUUCCUGCAGACAUUCGAGAUGGGGAAAUCACAACUGUCGUCACAGUGAAGACGCUGGUGUUCGCUGUGGAAACACUGGUAAUCCUUAA